AUGGAAACGGGAACAUUUCAGGAUCUUGAUCAAUUAUCAGCAGAACUACGGGCAGAUAUUGUUUACUCUGUGUCAAAAACAGGCGGCCAUUUAAGCUCAAGCCUGGGAGUUGUGGAGCUAACCGUGGCGCUCCAUCAUGUCUUCGACGCUCCACAGGACAAAAUCAUAUGGGACGUGGGACAUCAGGCAUACCCACAUAAAAUCCUGACUGGCAGAAGGUCUGAAAUGCACACCAUUAGGCAAAGUUCAGGGCUUGCUGGUUUCACCAAAAGGGACGAAAGCAUUUAUGAUGCUUUUGGCACUGGCCACAGUUCUACCAGUAUAUCAGCUGGUCUCGGCAUGGCUGUUGCCAGAGAUCUGCUGGGAAAGAAUCACAACGUGAUCUCGGUGAUCGGAGAUGGAGCCAUGACGGCAGGUCAAGCUUACGAGGGAAUGAACAAUGCAGGCCAUCUUCGUGCUAAUCUCAUCAUCGUCUUGAAUGACAAUAAACAAGUCUCUCUGCCCACCGCCACACUCGAUGGCCCCGCUUCUCCUGUUGGCGCUCUCAGCAAUAAUGCCCUCACUCACCUCCAAGCAAGCACCAAAUUCCGCAAACUACGUCACGCAGCUAAGAGCAUGACACAAAAAAUAGGGAGGCAGGCUCAUGAAGCUGCAGCAAUAGUGGAUGAGUUUGCAAAGGCCAUGAUAAGCGGAUCGGGAUCUACAUUUUUCGAAGAGCUUGGGCUGUACUACGUAGGGCCAGUGGAUGGCCACAACGUUGGAGAAUUAGUGGCCAUUUUCAAAAAGGUUAAAGAAAUGCCCGUCCCUGGGCCAGUUCUGAUCCAUGUCCUUACAGAGAAAGGCAAGGGCUACCCUCCAGCUGAGGCAGCCGCCGAUAAAAUGCAUGGAGUAGUCCGGUUCGACCCUCAAACGGGGAAGCAAUUUAAGACCAAAUCAUCCACUCUCUCGUAUACUCAGUACUUUGCCGAGUCGUUGAUAAAAGAAGCGGAGUUAGAUGACAAGAUCGUUGGGAUUCACGCAGCCAUGGGAGGGGGAACUGGCCUGAACUAUUUUCAGAACAAGUUUCCAAGUCGUUGCUUUGAUGUGGGGAUUGCUGAGCAACAUGCUGUUACAUUUGCGGCUGGUUUGGCCACGGAGGGCUUGAAGCCAUUCUGUGCUAUUUACUCCACAUUCCUUCAACGAGGAUUUGAUCAGGUGGUGCAUGAUGUAGACCUUCAGAAACUAGCGGUCCGGUUUGCACUGGAUCGAGGCGGUUUGGUGGGAGCCGAUGGGCCAACGCAUUGUGGGGCGUUUGACAUAACAUACAUGGCUUGUUUGCCGAACAUGGUGGUGAUGGCUCCAUCUGAUGAAGCUGAACUGAUUCACAUGGUGGCAACCGCAGCUGCCAUAGACGACAGACCCAGCUGCUUCAGGUUUCCCAGGGGCAAUGGAGUUGGAGCUCUUCUUCCUCCUAAUUACAAAGGAACCCCACUUGAGAUUGGGAAGGGUAGAGUACUACUGGAAGGCAAUCACGUUGCCAUCUUGGGGUACGGUUCAAUAGUUCAACAAUGCAUCGAAGCCGCAGGAAUAUUGAAAGCCAGAGGCACUUCAAUCACAGUUGUGGAUGCAAGAUUCUGCAAGCCCUUAGACACAAAGCUCAUUAAGCAGUUGGCCACCCAACAUGAAAUCCUCAUGACCGUGGAGGAAGGUUCUAUCGGUGGCUUUGGAACUCACGUGUUCAAUUUCCUAAGUGCAACUGCGAUUUUGGACCAAAAGAUCAAGUUUAGGAGUAUGGUUCUUCCUGAUAGAUAUAUUGACCAUGGAUCAACAGAGGAGCAGAUUGAACAGGCUGGACUCUCCUCAAGACAUAUAGCUACAACAGUGUUAUCUCUUUUGGGGAGAUCAAAGGAGGCUCUUUCACUUCAAAUAUGAGCUCUUGUUCUCUCUGACUUAUCACUAUAUUCACAGUUCUAAACACAUUCUUUCAAGUACUUUUGAAUUGAGUGGCCAAAUAGUUACUUGAAAGUACAAAUUAUAUUAUAUGUGUAGUCUGUAUUCAAUAACAAAUCAUAUUAUACAAUAUGGAUGCAUAUAUAGAUGAGAUAUUCUACUUAAAAUACACGUUUACUGUAGAAAAUAAUCUAUCCUAGCACAAUUAUAC